AAGAACCCGUUCCGGCUCAGCGAUGCUAUCUUAGUGUAAUAAAUAUUAUAUCAAGAUCGUCGCGUAUAAUGUCAUCUGGAAAACCUGUUAAAUGAAAGCUCAGAAAACUAAGAUGUUACCACAGCAAGACAAACCUUUAAGCGAAUUCAGAACAAAGAAGUUCUGGUCUAGUAUUAUCGCCGAGUAUCUAGGCACUGGCUUUUUGGUCUAUGUGGCUACAUCUGUUUGCGAUGUGUCUGACUCGAAUCAACCACGUAAUAAUAAAGCGAGCAGUAAUCUAGAGUGCUCGCUGGCUUAUGGUCUUGGGGUUGCUACUUUGGUACAUUGGACUGAAGGCUUGCUGAAUCCUGCGUUGACAGUCGCUUUUACAUCGACUGGCAAACUGUCCUUGACUAAAGGUGUUUUGGUAAUCAUUGUGGAAAUCCUUGGAGGUAAUCACUUUUCUAUGCUUUGUUAUUGUUUUGAAAUAUUUACGGUUGCGUGGGAAUAUUUUGAUUGAUUUUAGAUCUUGCUCAAUGUUGCCAAUUUCGUAGCAACAUUGCCAGUUGACAUGCAUGUGUAUAGUCCCGCAUAAAAACAUUUACCUAAGGCUAAACCGAAAUUUGUCCCGAGCAACCGGACUAUUUUAAUUUAGUCGGUUCUUGGUUAAUGUUAUCAAGAUGAAACGUCAUUGCACAUAGCAACAUUGCAACUGAUAAUACAUUCAUAAUCGUUAAAACAUUUAGCUAAAGCAGAAACGCUCUAAGGCUACAGCUGUAUGUUUUCGCUGAAUAUUUUGCCCGAUUUUGGAUUUUGCUCGAUGUUAUAUGAUGAAACGUCAUUUCGUAGCAACAUAAAAACUGACAAUGCACUCAUAAUUCAACUAAACCAGAAUAAAUAGCUUUGUGUCCGGGAUAUUUUGUUUAACUUCGGAUUUUGCUCAAUGUUAAUACAGGAUGCAGCGUCAUCUCGCGACAUUAGCAAUUGACAAUAUAAACAUUUGUGACCAUUAAAAAACAUUUACCUUGAACCAAAAACUACCCGAUCAAUGCCUGCGUGACUAGAUUAAGUCGCUUAGCCUUAAGAGUUAAGUUAAGCGAUAACGUGAUGAACUGUUUGGACAUUUAAUAAUGCGCCAACUGCUACCAAGGUUAAUUAUUUAAGUGCGAUGUUAAAAAAAAUACACGCUUGACGUGCAUGGGGGGGAAUAUGCAUGUGACAAUGUUUGUUCCCCUGCCUGCGCUCCUGAUGAGACUAGUGUUCUUAGGGGCUGAUUACUUGGAGAGUUUUCAGCCCGGACUGAGUUUCAUCCCGGUUUCCCGGGCUGAAAUUUCAGCCCGGCCUAAGGAUAAAAUCCCAUUAAAACACAGCAAGCGAUUACGUGACAGAAAUUUCAGCCCAUGUAAUCGGCCCCUAACCCAGUUAUGGGCAAGGCUCUCCCUUUGACGAGUAAAAUCGUCCGGCAUUAGACGGAGUAAAAUAAUAUUAGAGUACAUUGCAGCUUUAAUACAUUAAUUGGCAGUUGGUGUGGUUAUCAUGAACUCAUUUAUACAUCAGGCUCUCCCCUUGACGAGCAAAAUCGUCUGGCGUUAGACAGAGUAAAAUAAUAAAGUCGGGCGCAUUGCAGCUUGAUGGGUUAAUUAAAUAAAGUUUAUCAUCACCAUUUUAAUACAGUACGACAAACAUUUUGUUUUUAGUAUGUGCGAGAUAUAAUUUGCUUUCGUUGUAUAAUUAUAAACUAAUGUCACUCGGCGUGUUUCCGUCAGCGAAUUAAGUUAUGCAUCGUGCAUAAAUUAUACAAUAAGCUAAUUACGUAUUCAGUUUAUUCUGCCCGGCAAAGCAAGACAACCGGUUUACUAAUUUCUCAUCCAAUUUCCAUCCAAAUUUAACCAAAAUUUAAUAAUAAUACGUUUGCUAGGUUUUUCAGUUGAAGUGCUGACAGACACCAAUGUUUGGGGCGUUACUCUGAGUGUGCAUCCACACCGGGACCACGGUGGGAAUCGAACCCGUGCCCUUUGGGAUAAUAGUCCAAUGUUCUACCAACUGAGCUACGAGGUCAAGUCCGUUCGAGUUGGUGAUAUUUCCAACUUAGCUAAGUUGGUAGAGCAUUGGACUAGUAUACCCCAAAGGUCGCGGGUUCGAUUCCCACCGUCGUCAGGCAAACUUUUCAGCUUGCCCGGUAUGGAUAGUGGAUCCACACUCAGAGUAACAUCAUAUUCACUUGAGUAUACACAACACCAAAUACACACAAAAAUAAUUUUAUUAUAAUUCGCUUUCUCUUUGUGAAAAAGCAACAACAAAAAACUAAACCCAAACGUGUCAAACAAGACACAAAAAAACUAAACACAAACAAGACUAUUUUAGGAAGUCUUUUUUCAAUAGAACAGCUGAACAUUGGAAUAGCUUACCUUCCAAUUUGAAGGCUUGUGAUUCAUUUGCUUUAUUUAAGACCAAACUAACUCAUUUAUACCUUGCUAAAUUAGCCUUUCUCACGAAGUUCUAAAUCCGCCAUUUUUGGGUACUAUUUUUAAUAUAAACAACGUGAAAAAUGUAAGCGAUGUGAACAUAAUUUUUCAAAUAUUUAACUGUAAAUCGAUUUAUAAUGAUUAUACUUACAACUAUAGCUAUAGAAAGUUUCAUUUUCACUGCUUGCUAUCCCUGUUCCUGGCUAAUUGAAUUCCUAUAGUUUAUACCUGGUUGGUAUAGUCUUGCAUGUAUACUUUGCAUUGUAUUGUAUUGUAUUGUAUUGUAUUGUAUUGUAUUGUAUUGUAUUGUAUUGUAUUGUUGUACGAGAUAGGAUGGCAAUUGGGACACCAGUCCUGUACUAUCCAACCCCUGCUAGUUAGAGUCUUUUGUAAUUCGUAAUUAUUGUUUGUAUGCAUGCAGGUAUGUACGUUAUUGGCAAAUUUAAUAAAUUCAAACUCCAGGUAUUUCAGGAUCGGCUUUGACGUAUGCUCUGACACCGUCACCUUUGAGGCACUCUCUUGGUGAUACCGUACUUCAUGAAGAUAUGAGCACCAUCCAAGGACUUUUUGUUGAAUUUAUUCUCACGUUGAUCUUAACGUUGACCGUGUAUGCCGCCAGAGACCCCGGACGCAAGUGUGAGGGUUACCAUGCGUCACUUGCUUAUGGAUUUGCCGUGGUGAUGUGCUACAUUGUUGGGGUGAGUGUCUUUAAUGUAAGUGCACUCCCUUGGUGCAUUCCCCCCUUCCUCCAAUUUAAUGCUGCUAAGUUAUCUAUUGCCAUGUAAGUCCUUUCUUAUGAAGACAUGCAUAAUUCAAUUUUUGAAGGUCAGACUAGUAAUGCUAAUGUUCCUCAUGUUCAGCCAAUGGCACUGACUUUUUGUCUUACAUUUAUAACAAUUAAAAUGCAGGAAGUCGUGUUUCAGAGACCCAAGAAUCGGAAACUUUUCUGGCGGUGCAUGUCCCCACAUACUGUUAUAAUUUUCGGACUACAGCACCGACUAUCAGGAUUAAUAUGAAAAGGUGUGUGGAUAAAUGGUGCAAUUGGUCGAAUUACCACGUAUAUGCACUGCCCCAUUUGCAAUGCCAAGAUCGUAGAAUUUGAAACAGGACUGCACCUAGGUAUUAAUUUAACACAGUUCAUUCAUAUAUGUAUUUCUUUUUGUUGUAGUAUAAAUACACAUCUUGUGGUAUCAAUCCGGCGCGAUCAUUUGGACCAGCAGUUGUUCGAGAAAUGUCUGGACUUGGGAAACCAAAAUCAGAAUGGCAACAUCAUUGGGUAUAUUAAUGUUUUAAUUAUACAUACUUAAAAACCUUUCCUCAUGGCGCUGUUUGUUUGAAAAUCUGUAUCCUAUAGGUUAACAACAGCUUUAAGCAAUCUUCCCAAUAGCUUAUAACCAUGGAAAUAGUGUUCCAGAAAUCAUGUCUAAAGGCCAUGUUACAUGUACACGGUGCAAUUUUUCUUGCAACUUGCAAUGCAAUUCUACUCUUGAGAGAUGUUAAUUAGUGAAAUCAGUGAAGAAUUUUCGAUAUGUUGAGAAAACAUCAGCGGAGUGUAAUGAAGACUCGUAUUUGGCAAUUUCACAUCUCUCAAGAGUAGAAUUGCAUUGCAAGUUGCAAGAAAAAUUGCACCGUGUAACAUGGCCUUAAAUCACUGGCAAUUUUAUUUUAGCUCAGUUGGUUAGAGCGCUACGUACACCAGAAUCCCAGGGCGGUAGGUUCGAUUCCUGCCUGAGGGCCUAUAACAUUCACACUCGUAAUUUCCAUCUACAAAAUAGAGACCUUUAGAUUGACGUUUACGGCAAACGUCAAACCGCUAGCGAGGUUUUUGAUUUUACAACUCUAUUAUAAUAAUUUUACACCAGUUUUGAAAUAUGUUAAACUUAUUAAACUUGUGCUCUUUAGCAAUGAUUUAAGAAAGCAAAAUUAACCACUAGUCAUGCUAUUCACCAAAGCAGUAAAUUAAGAUUUGGCGUUUGAAGUUGACGUUUGGCGUAUAAAUUUCAUGCUUUAACGACUACAAGCCCUCGUAGCAGUUCAAGCAUGAAAUUUAUACGCCAAACGUGAACUUCAAACGCCAAAUCUUAAUUUACUGCUGUGGUAGAUAGCAUGACUAGUGGUUAAUUUGUUUUUAUAAAUCAUUGUUAAAGAGCACAAGUUUAAUAAGUUAACAUAUUUCAAAACUGCUGUAAAAGCUAUUAUAAUAGAGUUGUAAAAUUAAAAACCUCGCUAGCGGUUUGAUGUUUGCCGUAAACGUCAAUCUAAAGGUCUCUAUUACUUCAACUUUCAUCCUAUAUGUUUAUUUAUACUUUAUUUUUGAAAUAUUUUCCAGAUCUAUUGGAUUGGUCCAAUAGGAGGAUCUUUGCUUGGUGGACUCAUUUAUCAUUUCUUAUAUUCCCAGCCAAGCUUUGAAUAUGACACAUACAAAGCAACCUACACCCGGACUGAUUAUCGCGAAAGAGAAUCCGAAACCAACUUAUAGCAAUGAAUGAGAUAACAUUGCCAAUUUACCAUUAAGUGUGGUUAUUACAGACGAUAUGUCGAAGAUGAUAUCCUAGCUGUUAUUAAUCUAGUAGCAUUCUGUUGUGAAAUUAGGCGUCAUUCUGUAGCUGGAUUGUAGCUGGAUACAUAGAAAAUGAGGACUGAUAAAGUUGAUUCACUGAAUUGGUUAAUAUUUAUGAUGGUUGGUGACCUCAAAUUAGGAAAAAUUGUCAUGAGAAGACAGAAUAAUUCGGAUACGAAGACUUUUUAGUUUCUGGCGUCAUGGAUUCUCACAAAUGGAUUCUUCGAUUUCUGGCGUCAUGGAUUCUUAGAAGUGUGGAGUCUUUUUCCGAAAUAUGGUCGAGUUCCGAUUGUGAUAACACGUAAAGCUGAUUUCGAAUUAAUUAACUGCAUGACUAUUGAUCAUUGAAUGUGGUGUAGUUUACAGCCUGAAAUCCAGGAAACUUAACGUGAAAAAGAAAUACGAAUAUUAUGGUGUGGAAACAAGAACUUGUGAUGAUCGAUGGAGUGUUUGAAGCAAUUCAAGUUCCUUUUUUCAAGGAAAAAGUGAAAUGAAAGCAGAAGUUUAUUUAUUAUGUAAAAUAACCAAAAAGAGAAUCUGUGUGGAAAAGCAGGAGAAAACUAAUAUUCACACAUGCAGUCAAACAUCCAGUUUUGAAGACAGAAGGAGAACACGUCUACCUAUGGCUAUAUGGAGAUGCGAUGAUAGAAAUUAAUAAUGUUUGCCUCUAUUGAAUUUUAUGUGAAAAUAAGCAGUGUGAUAAAAAAGAUUAGAAAAAGGGAGGCUUCCCCCCAUAUAGCUCUGUGACACAGGCUACUUUCCCCAUAAAUGAAAACAAAACUGUAACAACAAAUUAAUAAACUCUUGCGGCAGCCAGGGAGUUCCCUCCACUAUACACUCCUGAAUCUUAAGGCUGAGAAGAUAUCGGUGACCAUAUACGUACUAUUCUGCAUGUUUAGUUUAUUUUUUCGGUCUAUUUUAUAUUGGAACGCAAUAAGUACGUAUAGCGCUUUUAUUAUCACAAAUUAUUUGUUGCAAUUUAAAUGAGGCGAGGGGAAAAUAUGCUAAUUUUGCUUGUGACAAGUGAAGUAAUUCUUGUGGCUGAGAAGAUAUAUUGGUCGCCAUAUACUACUCUUGCAUGUUUAGUUUAUUUUUUCGGUCUAUUUUAUAUUGGAAUCCAAUAACGUAUACGCGCUUUUAUUAUCACAAAUUAUUUGUUGCAAUUUAAAUGAGGCGAGGAAAAAAUAUGCUAAUGUUGCUUGUGGCAAGUGAAGUAAUUCUUGUGGCCAUUAUCAUUUUAAUUAAUCAAACAUGCAAAUCGGACGUCAUUUAUUGAUUUAACAUACAAAAUUUCAAAUAUGAAACAGCUGCUCGGUUACGCAUACACGCGCAUACGUUUGCAAAAAUUAUUUGUAUUGUCUCAAUAAUGAAAAGUCUCAAAUACUGCACCUUUCUUUUAUAUUGCAAGCAAAAAGCAAUUUUAAAUGUAAACUUUCAUUAAUAUAAACACGGCUUGUAAUUUUCUAGUACCUAAAUUAAUGUAACUAUAAAUUGAUUCAUUUGUUUACGAAGUAUUUUAAUAAAGCUA